GUUCGCUUCCCAAAAUCUGCAUAUCUCUUACUAGUGAAGACAUGAAGAAAUACUUUUUUGAUCAAUAGACCUUAUUCACAGCAGACAUUUUACUUGUUAUGCAGCAGAAACACAGGAGUAACUACUUACAUUAAACUUGCCAUUGGCCAGCCUGCAUGAUGCAAGGGCUCUGAAACUGGCAAAACUAAAUGGUACACACUCAUCAUUAAUGUUAUUAAUUCCACAUGUGCUUCUUUACAAUGAAAUGUCAAAAAUUCUGCUGUGAAAAAAAACUGGUAAGCAUAAGGCUAAUGUCAAGGGUGAUGGAAUGAAACCAGGAAAGGGGAAAUUAAUUAUUCUGUAAAGAGGAAACAAAGUAGAGACCUUUUAAUUUGUUAUUUUCAAGGUCGUUGUUGUUUUUGUUAACACUGCAAAACAAGCUCAAUUUGCAUUAUUUGAAAUAUAACUUUGUUUUAGUGGUCGUACAGACGUAGCCUCACUCGUUUAAACUGUCGAUAAUUUUGACCGCCGCUACUUUCCGUAGUGUAACAGCAUACGUCACACAUAACAAGUAUGGCGGCGCUCUGUAGGACAGAGCUGUUGGGUGUUUUGGGAGAAAUACAGUAAAACUCUGUUUAUGACAACAAUAUCUAAACGUAAAUUGCUGCUGUUGAAAAUUUAAACUAUUAACACUGUGAAAUAUGGGAAUACAGCGUCUUCUGAGCGGGGCGCUGGAGUUUUACUCCAGACAGUUUCAACUCGUUAGCAUUCAGCACAAAGUCAGUGUCCUUCGAAACGUGUCCGUGUCGGUGCAGACUUCACCGAGCAGCGGCCUGUCCAACCGGGUUACAUGUGUUUCGGGACUGUGCAGCUGGAGAUUCGUCCACACAAGCCGCCGCUGUGCCGCUUACGGACAGCUGUCAGCCCGCCGCAGCCUCUGCACCUCCGUCUCCACCCGGCCCAUCAGCGAUAUCACCCUGUUCGAGCACGACGGGACCCGCUUCUUCCGGCUCCUCUCAGUCUUCUGUGGCGGGCAGUUUGUCUUCUGGACAUACCUGGCUCACUUCGCCUACACCGGGCUCAGAAACAUAGGGGGAAGCGAGAAGCAGACAGAGAAAGGGAAAGCCGUGGCGUCCACCACCACCACCGGGCUGGCUGGGAUGUGGAGUUUUGAGAUGAACCUGGGGUCAAACACCUGGAGGUAUGGCUUCACACUGGGAUGCCUGGUAAUAGGAGCGGGGAUAGUCGGGCUCGGGACUCUGUUUUGCCGUCGCUCUGUAAGCCAGCUGGUUUUACGUAGAGGGGGGAGGAUGGUGACAGUGUGCACACAGUCACCUUUUGGACCAGGCCGAGGCCGGAGAAUAACAGUCCCACUAUCCGAGGUGGCCUGUUACGCUCACCGACAGCAGACCCCCUCGUUCAUCCCUCUCAAGGUUAAAGGACACAAGUUCUACUUUCUCCUGGACAAAAACGGGACCCUGAACAACGCUAGGCUGUUUGAUGUUACUGUUGGGGCAUACCGGCAACUUUAAGUUGGGGUUCCCAAAACUGUUGGGCACCAGAAAUCAGUGGAAGAACUAUGUCAUGCCUGUUUCUGUUUGAUCAUUUCUCUUCACUGAAAUAAAAUAUACAAGAUCAAGA